AUGGCUUUUCGACAGCAACAGCGCCCCCAAAGCUCGCGGCAGAUCUCUCUUCCCGCGCCAGAGCCCGUUACCGAAGCCGCAACCAGCUCACAGCACCUAAAACGACCUCUCGACGCGUCCGAGGAGUGGGUUCUCUUCUCGCCAGCAGCACCUUCGACUACCGCUCGCACACAGACCACCACGACCGAGCGAACAGCCGGUCUGUCGCGGUUCAGUGAAUUUGGGUCGCUUGACACUGCUGCUCGGUCAGACCAACACGGCAACGACGGAACAUUUCUCGACACAGAGGAGGAGGAGCUGGAUAGCUUAGACGAUGGGCUACGCGCCUUCCACGAGCCUUCUGAAUCUGGUGCACCAGCAAGCAGACUACAGGAAAGCAACCAGACAGUACUCCCAACCCAUGACGGGCUGGGCACGUUCCAACCAGACGCGACUAUGGAAGAGAACAUUUGGCAGUUUGAGCGACAUUUACCGCGGAGACGACUUGGCCGACGGAGGUCCAGCUUGCAGAGACACUUCACUACACUUGACGAGACGGAAGAGGUCAACCAAGAGCAAGAACGACGGCAGCGUAUUGAAAGAUGGCGGUUGGAGCAAAGUAAGGCGUUGCUAGAGGAGGUAGAGAAGCAGACUCGGCGCAGGAGAAGAAUGAGCAUCGUCGGUGCUGCACGGAGUCGCGCAAAUAUCACCCAGCCAGACACGAGGAAUGCAGCAUUACCGGCGGCUCAGGCUGUCUUGGACGCGCAAAGUGAAUCCUUAGACGAGAGUACAGAGCACAUGUCCAUCUGGCAGCGGAUAACAAGGCGGGUGAUUCGUGACCUGAUUGGGCUGGACGAAGACACUCUGUCCGUCAUCUUUGGCGAAACACUGCCUGAAGAAGCACUAACACCAAAAUCUGGGUUGCCUGCUGGAUCAUCCGUAGACUCGGGUCUGCCAAAACCACAACAGGAUCUGGUAGUCUUUUCGGAUAACAUGUGGCAGACCAGACUACUGGAGCGAGUGGCUCAAGAGCUUGGUGUCCUGGUGCACCAGCUUUCUGAACACCCCGGAGCUUUUUCCACGUAUCAGCGCACACAAACUAUUCCGACAUACGCAGCCUUCACAACGACUCCUACGCUCGCGACCGAAGUUGCAUCCUCACGUCCGACAGAUGCCCAAACACCUGCUCCAUCUCCGCCCUCGGCUCAGUUUGCGCCAACCUUCCCGGCCCGCCAAACAUCACAUGUUUAUAGUGAUGCAUCCCUAUGGGGUAUUGAGGAAGAACCCGAACCCAACACUGUGGAAUCAUUCCAUGCUCCUCCUACGAGCAGCACCAAUAUUGCCGAAGACCUAGCACGUGAGCGAGAGUAUUGGGAGCGUGAUCUCGAUAUCAACAUGAUCUUCAGUUUCUUAUUAAGCCGCUUCCGAGGAUCCACCGGUUCUUCACCGCCCAGGAGAAGCUCGAGUGCCUCAGCUUCGGCGGUUGGUACAGACGUAGGCGAAUCUUCUGCUCGGCGUGCGGCUUUUAUUCGGCAUAACCACCCUUUGGUUAAUAGGACGACGGGUAGUGGACUCCCGACGUCGUCCUCAUCAUCGAAUAUCAGGGAGACGAGGCGGAAGGACGCGACAUACCGUACAUAUUUCAACCCUCAGAGUAGUCUGCGGCACCAGAAGCUGAGGAGCAACUCGAGCUGUGCGAGUCAGAGUACCAAGAAGAGUAAGCGGAGCGCUGGGUCGAACCGCAAUUUCUGGGAUCUUGGCGGAAGCGUAGGCAGUGGCAGCAUUUUUGCUGGAGAAGUGUAG